CAGGAAUGGGCCUCUUGUCCAGUAGAGACGAUGAUGUGUCAACAGAUCACAGUUAAGUUUAGCCUUACUCCAUGGACUCGAUCGCAGAGAACCCGGACUCUCUCUAAUCCAAACCCUAAAACCGACAACACGCGAUUCACAUGGAGGCUUUGAAUGGUUGUUGAGGUCAAUUCAGUCAAAGACGCCACAAUGCAGCUUCCACCCACCACCAAGUCCGCCGUUGCCGCCACCACCUCCACCUACACCACCAUCCCUAUCUCCGGUGCAGACGUCAUUUCCAGAUCAGUCCAAAACCUCUCCAACUUCAUCUCUCGCCGCCGCCCCUGGCCGGAAUUCAUUGCCUCCGGUGUAUUCGACCGCCCGGACUCCAUUUCCGGCGCCGGAACCCGGUUCCGAAAAAACUCGAACUACUUCGGUGUGAACUACGGGAUCGUGAUCUCCACCUGCGCCGCCGUAUUCCUCAUCGGAAAUCCGAUCGCACUGAUCAUCUUCGCUUUGGUCUUCGCCCUAUGGUUGAUUCUCUACUUCUUCCGAGAAGAUCCGAUGAUCGUGUUGGGCCAUCACGUGAGCGAUCGGAUCGUGAUGGUAGGCCUGGUUGUGGGCUCGUUGGUGGCCGUUUGGUUCACUGGAACUGUGAACAUUUUGUUGGUCGGAAUUGGGUCUGGGCUUUUGAUCGCUGUUCUUCACGGGGUUUUCAGAAACCCAGAAGGACUAUUUCUUGACGAGGACGACGCCGUUUCCAACGGUUUGAUCCGGUCACGACCGGGUACGGAUUCUCAUAGAGUGGAUUUCUCCGAUCAGUAUUGAUUCAGAGACUGAUCACCCAAUGCAAAUCUUGUUUAAAAAAAUAAAAAAAUUUGAUGGUAAUGAUAUUGAAAUUAUAGUUACUUUGUUGUAGGACUAACAAGCAAAUGAAAGAGAAAAAACUUAUGGUGUUGAAGCUUGUUUUUGGGGAUGAAAAAGUGUGAGUGAAAGGAAUGUUAAAGGGAUGAAUUUUAUUUUUUUAUUUUUUAUUUUUUAUUUUUUUCCUUUCAUCUUGUAAUUAUUGUGUGGGUUAUAAAUUCAGUGGGGCUUGCAUUGUAAUUUCAUGGGAUGCAUGGGAAAGGUUUGUGCUCUAAUUUGCGUUUCUGAGAUUGUUUGUCUUUGUUCUGUUUCAUUGUUGAUCCUUGUUUCAAUAUAAAAGUGUCUCCUAAUUUGUUCAAGAA